AUGGUUAUGGAAACGGAGCAAAGGAAGUACCUUUCGUCGGAGGAACUCAAGAAGCACAAAGACCCGUCGGAUCUUUGGAUAUCGAUCCAGGGCAAGGUGUACGAUGUAACCACUUGGGUCAAAGACCAUCCCGGCGGCGAAAUCCCGCUCCUCGAUCUCGCCGGCCAGGACGUCACCGACGCCUUCGUCGCUCACCAUCCAGCCCCGGCCUGGAAGCUUCUUGAUCGAUUCUUCGUCGGAUAUUACUUAUCCGACUACCAAACUUCCGAAGUAUCUAAGGAUUACCGCCGCCUUGUCGCCGAGUUCACAAAGCUCGGUUUCUUCGAAGAAAAGGGGCAUGGGGUUUUAUUCUCUUUCUGUUUUAUGUUCGCCCUGUUCUUCACCUCCGUCUACUUGGUAGUAUGCGCAACCAGCCUCUGGGCCCACCUUGCCGCCGGCGGGAUUAUGGGUUUUCUAUGGAUCCAAUCUGGAUGGGUAGGGCAUGAUUCCGGCCAUUAUAACGUCAUGCUCAACCCGAACUUGAAUCGAUUGGCCCAAAUCGUCACAGGAAAUUGCCUCACCGGAAUAAGUAUUGCAUGGUGGAAGAGAACACACAAUGCCCAUCAUAUAGCCUGCAAUAGUCUCGAUUUUGAUCCAGAUUUGCAACAUAUUCCCCUCUUCGCCGUCUCCUCUAAGUUAUUCAACUCCCUGACUUCCUACUUCUACGAAAGAACGAUGACCUUUGAUUCCAUUGCAAGGUUCAUGGUCAGCUACCAGCAUUUAACCUUCUACCCUGUAAUGUGCUUCGCAAGAUUAAAUCUUUUUGCUCAAUCCAUAGUCCUCCUCCUCUCAAAGAAGAAGGUCCCCUCACGAUGGCAGGAGAUUGUUGGGGUGAUCGUGUUCUGGAUUUGGUACCCUUACCUUAUUUCAUUCCUUCCGAAUUGGGGCGAAAGGGCUAUGUUUGUUGUUGCCAGCUUUGUAGUUACAGGUCUUCAGCAUGUUCAGUUCUGUCUCAGCCAUUUCUCUUCCAGUGUUUAUGUUGGUCAGCCACAGGGGAAUGACUGGUUCGAGAAGCAGACAAUGGGAACCCUUGACAUUUCUUGUUCUCCUUGGAUGGAUUGGUUUCAUGGCGGAUUACAGUUUCAGGUGGAGCACCAUUUGUUUCCUCGCUUGCCAAGGUGCCAUCUUCGGAGAAUUGUUCCUCUUGUGAAGGAGCUUUGUAAGAAGCAUAAGUUACAGUACUCGAGCGUCAGUUUCAUGGAAGCAAACAGGAUGACUGUGGCAACUCUGAGGAAUGCAGCACUGCAAGCACGUAAUCUUGACAAUUUGGCUGCAAGGAAUUUGGUGUGGGAGGCGCUCAACACCCAUGGCUGA